GCGGGAAAUGCAAGCAUUUCUCAGGUUUGUUUUCAUGGGACCUGCGAGAAUUUGUUGCUGACGAUUGCUUUCUAGAAAUUGUAUUCUGUGGGUUUGCUUGUGUAAUAAUUGAACAAAAUUUUGUGCAAAUCUCGAGACAUUCUUAGUGAAUCCAGCGCGCAUCACAAAAAUAUCGUAUCAAGUGCCGGUUGUCGGAGAAAGUGAAGGUGGGACGCACCAGAUUUGGCAGAACAACAUUGCAGAAAAUUUUCUGAUUAGAGGCGAACAACGAUCACUAUGGCCAAGGUGCACAUCACGAACGUCGUCGUGCUAGACAAUCCAAGCAGUUUCUUGAACCCAUUCCAGUUCGAGUUAACGUUCGAGUGCAUUGAAGAGCUAAAGGAAGACCUCGAAUGGAAGAUGAUCUACGUCGGGUCAGCCGAGUCGGAGGAAUUCGAUCAGGUUCUGGACACAAUCUACGUCGGACCAGUGCCUGAAGGACGUCACAUUUUCGUCUUCCAGGCGGAUCCCCCAAACGUUGGUAGGAUUCCCGAGCAAGACGCUGUAGGAGUAACGGUAGUUUUAUUGACGUGCUCCUACCGGGGUCAGGAAUUUGUUCGCGUAGGAUAUUUCAUCAACAAUGAAUAUUCAACGCCUGAGUUACGCGAGAAUCCUCCAGCAAAACCGUUAUUCCAGCAAAUGACCCGUAAUAUUCUUGCCUCAAAACCACGAGUAACACGGUUCAAAAUCAACUGGGACGAUACCCCGGCAAACGGAACAGGUGGAGCCAAUGGAAUUGAGGAAGACGGUGGAAUGGCCAUCGAGAAUAAUGGACCCGAAGAUGCCCAGAUGGAUGCUGGUCCAAGUAAUAUUGGCAUGAUGUCCGAAGUGACUCAGGAUGAGAACAGUAUGGCUUUACCGAGGGAAUUCAAUGAAAACUCCAACUCACUGGCAAUGGAAUGCUGAAAGCUGUGCAUUGGGUUGUCUUGAUUUUCUAUAAGUUUUUUCGUACGUGCUUUGAUGAGUUUUCCUUUCAGCGUGUUUUGAUCUUUGUCGAUUAUUCAUUGAUAAAUAGUAAAUAGACAGCUGGCUGCCAUUCAUAUGAAGUCAGCCCUUAUUAUUUUUCGCAUUUUCAGUAAGCGGUGAUCAAUAGGAGGAUAAUUUUCUUCUUAAAAGUAGCUUCUAAACUAUUCUUUGUAAUAAUACGUGAACUCAUUGUAUUAGUAUAGUCAGACUCUGUAAAUAAUAAGAUAAAUAACAAUGUCAGAUUAGUAAUAAAAAGCAAAUACGCUAUGGAAAAA